AUGGAUAGUUUUCGUUGGCUUUUACCACGUUCCUUGCAAAGGCGUAUAUUGUUAAAAAAUGGUGAUAGUAACAUAUCUUUAGUUCACAUCAACAAAAGAGGUCGUCAUUAUUUAGCUGAUCUUUUUACUACACUAAUUGAUUUCAAAUGGCGGUUUAGUUUACUGAUAUUUGUUGCAACGUUCGCAUCUAGUUGGAUAUUUUUCGGUUUUAUUUGGUGGUCCAUCAGCUAUGCACAUGGCGAUAUUGAAAACAGAAACGUAUCUGAUUGGAAACCUUGUGUUAUCGAGGUUUUUGAUUUUCCAAGUGCAUUAUUAUUUUCCCUGGAAACCCAACAAACAAUAGGAUAUGGAUCUCGCAACGUCACUCCAAACUGUUCUAUUGCCAUAAUCGUAAUUAUGAUUCAAAAUUGUUUUGGCAUUGUUGUACAAGCUCUCAUGACAGGAUUGGUAUUUGCCAAAAUAAGUAGACCUAAAAAGAGAGCUGAAACGUUAAUGUUUAGUGAAAAAGCCGUUAUAUGUGAAAGAGACGAUCAACUGUGUUUGCUUUUCAGAGUUGCAGACAUGCGAAAGUCGCAAAUAGUCGAAGCCCACGUCAGAGCAAUAAUGGUGUGCAAACGCAUAACAAAAGAAGGCGAAGUACUGCCAUUUUAUCAAAAAAGUCUCAAACUAGAAACCAGCGACGAAGAAGGUAGGUUGUUUUUGGUGUGGCCAGCCACGGUUGAACAUAAAAUAAUAUCUGAUAGUCCUUUAUGGGAUAUUUCCGCCACCGAUCUCAUUCACAGACAUUUUGAAAUUUUAGUAAUCAUGGAAGGUAUUGUUGAAUCAACCGGAAUGACGACACAGGCGAGAACCUCUUACCUACCUUCCGAAAUAUUGUGGGGUCACAGAUUUGAUCAUUUAAUAAGUUAUAAACCGGAAGAAGGUCAUUACAGCGUUGACUUUUCAAAAUUGAAUUCGACUUCUCCUGUUGCAAUAUCAGGACACAGCGCUAAAAAAAGAUUAGAAUGUCAAGAAAGUAAAACAAGUCAAAAUUUAAAUAGUAACUUGUCACUGCCAGUCGCCAAAAAAUAUUUGUAUUGCUCAAAAACAGGAAAUGAAAUGCGAAGAUGUUCGUGCGAUGUCGGCUGCAACUUGGUCGAUCAAUCAAAAAUGGUGGUCGCCGAAGCAGCGACAAGGGCCUUCAACAUAGCCGGCGUAACACCUCUAGCAAACAUCAGCAACCUAAAAAUUGACGAAGACGACCAAUCAAAUUAG